AUGGCAUCAGAAUCGGAAUCAAAUCAAUGUUCGAUGUGUCAGAAGAAUACAGGAAAAUGCAUAUGUGAUGGAUGUAAAAACUAUUUUUGCAUCAAACAUUUUAAUCAACAUCGUCAACAACUUUCGAUAAAAUUUGAUGAUGAGAUUGUGACAACUCAUGAUGAACUUUUGGAACAAAUUAAUAGAAAAAAUCAGUCGAAUGAUUGUGCUUCGAAACUUUUCGAUGAAAUUAAUCGAUGGGAAACCGUUACAAUUGAAAAAAUUCAUAAAUCAGCUGAACAAGCUCGUGACCAACUUACUCAAAUACUGACUCAAGAGAAAGAUAAAUUGAUACAAGAACUUGGAAUAAUGAAAAAAGAAAUUUGUGAUCGACGAGAUGAAGAUGAUUUUGAUGAAAAUGAUAUUGAACGACUUCGACAAAAAUUGAAUCAGAUACAAAUAUCAUUAGAACAAUUUAUUCGAUCAACAACAACGAAAGUGAUCAUAGUAACAAACAAUCAAAUUGAUUGGAAUCGAUUCAUCUACAUCGAAAAACAAGCUACAAGUAAAAGUAUAUGUUCCACAUCAGCUACAUCGACAUCUUUCGGUAAGACAGCUCAAACGACUACAACAAGUGUAUCUGGUACAACAAAUAGUACAGCAAUAAAGACAUCGCCAUUCACUGAUUGUGGUUCUACUGCACCGGCAAGAGCAGCAAAAACUAUCUUUGGCGUUCCAGUUAAAUCAACAGCUACUACAACUGCAAUUUUCGACGGUUCUGAUACACAAACUAUUGCCACAGAUACAAUACCGCUUUCAUGUCGGCCAACAAGACCUUCGUCAAUGUUUAAUCCGCAAUCAUUUACUGGUUUUAGUCUUACUCAAACUCAGCCAGCAGCAUCAACAGCAACUUCAUCAUAUGGUUUUGUUGCACCAUUUGGAUCAACAACAAUAGGUUUUAGUGCACCAACAAAUAUCACUCAAACACAAAAUCAAGAAAAAUUUUUUUCUGCAUCACUUCUUGAUCCAUUCGCUCAUCGUGAAAAACAAGAUUUCAAUAAUAUUGAUCAAAUAAAGCCAUCAAUCAAUUUAAUUGCUGUUUCAACUUCAUCAAUAACACCAACAACAGUUACAACAUCAACAUCAUCACCAAUAGCAUUACCUUUACAAUCAAAUUCUCGUAACAAACCAUCGUCAACUCGUCCAUUAGUAGAUAUAGGUUUUAAAUUAAAACCUGUUUCGCCAUCAACAUCAUGGAAUAUAACUAAUGAUGAAAUAAAGUCAUCUAAUCAACCAACAAAAUCAGCCUCAGGACUGAUUGAGAGACCAUUGACAACAGAUAAUAGUGAUGAUGAUGAAGAAGAAGAAAAAGAAGAAGAACCUAUUUCAUUUAGAAGAAGUAAAAUAUCGAAAAAAAGUUUAUCAAAUGAUUCUCUUAAUUCAUCAUUUCAAUCAGAAUCUACUCGUUCACUUUAUCCGUUAGAACGUCUUGCUGAACUUGAAACGUUAGCUAAUAUGAAUAAUAAUACAAAUAUUCUAUCAACUGUUCAUGCAACACCAUCAUUAACAACAGUUUCAACAACAAAUACUACUUCAGCUCAUAUUUCAUCAACAACAGUUAACAAUGAACAAUCUUUAUAUCCAGCAAUUUUUCUCCAACAUAUGUUACCUUUUCUUCAUUCAACUCCAGUUAUUACUCAUAAACAAUCAUCACUUUCUACGUCAAGUCCUUCAACAAUACUUGUUCAAUCUCUAACAUCUGUACUUCCACCACCAACAUCAACAAAUUCCAUUCAACAAACAAAAUCUUCACAUGAUUAUGAUUAUACAAAUAUAACUAAAUCAAAUUCUAUUUCUAAUACUUAUCAUUUACCAAAAUUAACACGUGAAUAUUAUUAUAUGAGACCAUCUAUGUCAGAAUUAAAAUCUUUAUUUGAUGAUCAAGACCAAUGCAUUGUAGAAGAAUUUACUGUUGGACAUGAAAAAUAUGGUUCAAUUACAUUUUAUGGUCAAGUGAAUGUUGCUGGCCUUGAUCUUGAUCGAAUUAUUAAAAUUGAUCGCCAUGAAGCAAUAGUUUAUCCUGAUGAUAAUAAUAAACCACCUGUUGGUAAAGAAUUAAAUAUUCCAGCUCGUAUAACAUUAUAUGGUGUUUAUCCAAUUGAUCGAAUAACACAAAAAGAAAUAACUGAUAUUGAACGUAUUAAAGCUAUGAAUUAUAAAGAUUAUUUACGUGAAGUAACAAAACAAUUCGAUGGAGAAUUUAUUAAUUAUAGUAUAACUGAUGGUUCAUGGACAUUUAUGGUAAAACAUUUUACACGUUAUGGUCUUGAUAAUAGUAAAGAUGAUUUUGUUGCUGUUGUUGUUAAACAACCACAACAAGUAACAAAACCAAUCAAUGCGAAUUUUCUUGAUCAAACAAUUGCAUUUGCGUUAACUUUACUGAAAUUUCAAUCAAUAGAUCUGAAAGAAAAAGGAAAUACAACAUCAUUAAUUGAUUUAAGACCAAAUAUUGUUGAACAAUUAGUCCAAUCAAUGUUUUGUGAUAAUAUUCGACAAGUGAAUGAUCGUAUGGUUACAUCAACAAAAAUUAUUACUCCUGAUGAUCGAACAAUUCCGAUCACUCAUAAACCAAUAAUUGAAAAACAUACUCAAAUAAUAUUCAAUAUUCCAAUAAAAUUUAUAUAUGAACGUGUUUAUUCAAAAUUAUCCAAAAAUAUUGCAAAUAUUCGUGGAAAAUAUUUUCGAACUUCAUAUUAUUCUGAAUAUGAAUCGAUUGAUUUUUCAAAUAGAAUACUUAUUUUACUUCAAAUACUAAUUAAUUUUAAUCAACAAACAGUUCAUCAAUUAGAAAAUUUCUUAAAAGUUUGUUUUACAUUAUCUAUACAACAAAUAGAAGAAAAUUCAAAUAUGCCGUAUUUUCAAGGUCGUCAAGCUUCAUAUGUUCAACAAUUUAUUGAAUUUUAUACAAAAACUUUAGAUGAAGUAAGCUCAAUGAAGAGAACAUCUAAAUAG